AUGCCGAGUAAUAAGCUUGAAAAGCAGGAGGUUAAUGACAAUGUCAAGGUGGUGGUCCGAUGCCGCCCCCCCAAUCAAAAGGAGACUAUGAUGGGACACAAACAGGCUGUCGCUGUGGACGAGAUACGCGGGACAAUCACGGUUAGCAAGCUGGAAACUCCCAACGAGCCCCCCAAGACCUUCACCUUUGACACAGUGUUUGGACCGGACAGCAAACAGUUGGAUGUCUACAAUCUCACUGCCCGCCCCAUUGUCGACUCAGUGUUGGAAGGAUAUAAUGGCACCAUUUUUGCUUAUGGUCAAACUGGAACAGGAAAAACCUUUACCAUGGAAGGUGUAAGAGCUGUGCCAGAACUCCGAGGCAUCAUACCGAAUUCCUUUGCUCACAUAUUUGGCCACAUCGCAAAAGCAGAAGGUGAUACGAGGUUUUUAGUUCGUGUUUCAUACCUUGAAAUUUACAAUGAAGAGGUGCGAGAUUUGCUUGGUAAAGAUCAGAUGCAGCGGCUGGAGGUAAAGGAACGACCAGAUGUUGGGGUGUAUAUUAAGGAUUUGUCUGGUUAUGUUGUCAACAAUGCAGAUGACAUGGAUAGAAUUAUGACCCUUGGACACAAAAAUCGAUCAGUUGGUGCAACCAAUAUGAACGAACACAGCUCCCGCUCUCACGCUAUUUUCACCAUUACUAUUGAGUGCAGUGAGAAGGGUGUUGAUGGGGAUCAGCAUGUGCACAUGGGAAAGCUUCAUCUGGUUGACCUUGCUGGUUCAGAGAGACAAGGUAAAACCGGGGCCACAGGUCAGAGGUUGAAAGAAGCAACUAAAAUCAACUUGUCCCUUUCUACUCUGGGUAACGUCAUCUCUGCUCUGGUGGAUGGAAAGAGCACUCAUGUGCCCUACAGAAACUCUAAACUUACCCGCCUUCUGCAGGACUCCCUGGGGGGCAACUCCAAGACCAUGAUGUGUGCAAAUAUAGGCCCUGCAGACUAUAACUACGAUGAAACCAUCAGUACACUGCGUUACGCCAAUAGGGCUAAAAAUAUCAAAAACAAAGCAAGAAUUAAUGAGGAUCCGAAAGAAGCUCUUUUGCGUCAAUUUCAGAAAGAAAUUGAGGAGUUAAAGAAGAAGCUUGAGGAAGGAGAGGAGAUUUCAGGUUCUGAAGGAAGUGGAUCUGACGAAAUGGAUGAAGAUGAAGGAGGUGAAGCUGGAGAUGGUCGUAGGCGAAGACGAGGUAGAAAGAAGGUAUCUGCUGACAAGAUGGUAGAGAUGCAGGCAAAGAUUGAAGAGGAACGCAAGGCUUUGGAGGCCAAACUUGACAUGGAGGAAGAGGAAAGGAACAAGGCCAGAGCAGAGUUGGAAAAAAGAGAAAAAGACUUGAUCAAAGCUCAACAGGAGCACCAUUUACUGUUGGAGAAACUUUCCGCUCUGGAGAAAAAGGUUAUCGUUGGUGGAGUGGAUCUUUUGGCCAAGGCUGAGGAACAGGAGAAACUUCUGGAAGAAUCAAACAAUGAACUGGAAGAACGUCGCAGGAGGGCAGAGCAGCUGCGCAAAGAGCUGGAGGAGAAAGAGCAAGAACGCCUUGAUAUUGAAGAAAAGUAUACAAGUCUUCAAGAAGAAGCCCAAGGAAAAACAAAGAAACUCAAGAAAGUGUGGACAAUGCUGAUGGCUGCCAAGUCUGAGAUGGCUGAUUUGCAGCAGGAGCAUCACAGAGAAAUUGAGGGUCUCCUGGAAAACAUUCGACAGCUGAGCCGUGAGCUGCGCCUGCAGAUGCUCAUCAUUGACAGCUUCAUACCACAGGAGUACCAGGAGAUGAUUGAAAAUUAUGUGCACUGGAAUGAAGACAUUGGAGAAUGGCAAUUGAAAUGUGUAGCUUACACUGGCAACAAUAUGAGAAAGCACACCCCUACACCAGACAAAAAAGAAAAGGAUCCAUUUGAGGUGGACUUGUCUCAUGUGUACCUUGCAUACACAGAAGAAAGCAUGCGGCAGUCACUAAUGAAGCUAGAAAGACCCAGGACUUCCAAAAGUAAAAGUGGACGUCCAAAGACGGGGCGACGGAAACGAUCAGCUCGACCAGAUGCAGUGAUCGAAUCUCUUCUGCAGUGA